UUUAAGUUGUUUCAUAACGAUUCCACUGAUAUUUUAAACGAUAUCGAAGCCACAGUUGACAGACAGCUGUGGUGCACGGCAGCCAAGCACGAGUCAGCGGACGACCUUGCCGACGGUGCGGACAUGUACCAGGUCUGCCGUAAGCUCCGCAGGCUGCGCCCCGACGACGAGGGCGACAACUGGGCGCUCAACGCGGUGGUCGUCACGGGCGGCCAGUGGCCUCGUGAGCGCCUCCGCGCUGCGGGGUACCAG